CCUGGUCUUAAUCGUGGGAAAAAAAAGGGGAUAGUUGAGAGUAGCUUGGGAGCUACGAGACACUCAGAACGGUGCUGUAUUAUACGACGGUGUUAAUUAUUACGCGAACGUUAAUGCAUGAUACUGCACAUUGACGUGCGUAUCUACGUAUGUAUGUACACUGCAUCGAGUGACUCGACGUAGACUGGAAUAGAUUGCGGAACAGGUAACGUAGGCACUACCAGCCUUUUAGGAGCAGUUAAGAGUUUACGCGACGACGCGAUAUACGUUUCACGAUAACGUUCAACGAGCGACCGCGUGCCGGCACACAUUGAUUUAAGCGAGCACGGAAAUUGGUUAUUGAAAAAAUGGCGGCCGAGGCAAUGCUGAACAAGAACCGAAUGAUGGUGUUUAAGAACAAAGGCAAAGACCAGGAGGAAAUGAGAAGAAGACGUAAUGAAGUGACAGUAGAAUUACGUAAAAAUAAACGAGAAGAAACUUUACAAAAAAGAAGAAAUGUACCUAUUACAGAUUCAACAGUAGAUGAAGAUGACAUUGAUAAACAGCUUUCAAAAAUCAAUUUGGAAGAAUUGGUAGCAAAGGCAGGUAGCUUAGAUCCAACAAUACAAUUACAAGCUGUACAAUCAGCAAGGAAAUUAUUAUCAUCAGAUCGUAAUCCACCCAUUGAUCCAUUGAUAGAUAGUGGUAUUUUACCAAUCUUAGUUCGCUGUCUUGAACAACAUAACAACCCAUCAUUGCAAUUUGAAGCAGCCUGGGCUUUAACAAAUAUUGCAAGUGGAACAUCGGCCCAAACACAAGCUGUAGUUGCUGCUGGUGCCGUACCACUGUUCUUACAUUUAUUGCUUUCAAGUCAACAGAACGUAUGUGAACAAGCAGUAUGGGCCUUAGGUAACAUUAUUGGAGAUGGUCCAGCACCUAGAGACUAUGUCAUUAAACUUGGUGUUGUGAAACCACUGCUAACAUUUAUUAAACCAGAUAUACCUAUUACAUUUCUACGUAAUGUAACAUGGGUUAUUGUAAACUUAUGUAGGAAUAAAGAUCCACCACCGCCAGUUCAAACUAUAAAUGAGAUUUUACCUGCUCUAAAUAUGCUUAUUCAUCAUAGUGAUGUUAAUAUUCUUGUUGAUACUGUAUGGGCCUUGAGUUAUUUAACUGACGGUGGUAACCAGCAGAUUCAAAUGGUUAUAGACAGUGGUGUUGUACCCCGUUUAAUACCACUUCUUUCGCACAAAGAAGUCAAAGUGCAGACUGCUGCCCUCAGAGCAGUCGGCAAUAUUGUGACUGGUACGGAUGAGCAAACACAAACUGUUUUAAAUUGUGACGCACUUUCGCAUUUUCCAAAUUUAUUGACUCAUCCAAAAGAGAAAAUUUGUAAAGAAGCGGUCUGGUUUCUUUCUAAUAUUACUGCCGGUAAUCAAUCCCAAGUUCAAGCAGUUAUAGAUGCAGGACUGUUACCACUUAUUAUUCGUAAUCUAGCCAAGGGUGAGUUUCAAACACAAAAGGAAGCAGCAUGGGCCAUUAGUAACCUUACAAUAAGUGGUAAUAGAGAUCAAGUUGCACGACUUAUACAAGAGGGUGUAAUUGGUCCUUUUUGUGAUCUUUUGUCUUGUAAAGAUACUCAAGUUGUACAGGUGGUAUUGGACGGAAUUCAUAAUAUGCUUAAACUCGCUGGAUCACAAGUUGAACAUUUGGCUAAUAUGAUUGAGGAAUGUGCUGGUUUGGAUAAGAUUGAGGCAUUACAAAAUCAUGAAAAUGUAGAUAUUUACAAAUUAGCAUAUGAUAUUAUCGAGCAAUACUUUUCAGAAGAGGCUGAUGAUGCACCAUUGGCAUCGCACGAAGGAACUUUUGAUUUUGAUCAGACGACGAGUAUUCCGAGUGAAGGUUUUAAAUUCUGAGGGUCUCAAUUUCUUAUCCGAUCGUGCCGUCCCCUGACAAACUCCAACGCGGAGCCAUCUUGCUUUCUCUUUCCUAUUUCUACAUUUCCUUAUUCCAAUGAAAGCAUAGCAAUAUCAAUUUACUACUAUUGAAUCAAUUAUUGAAUUAUUGUGUUUGUUCUUACAAACAUUACAGUGUGAUUGAUUUAACGACUUUUCCGUAUUCGGAAAACUAGAAUGAAGCAAAGGAAGAAAGCUAGUUAUGGAAUGAAGGAGUUGAUAACCACCAAAUUGAGCAUUGAAGUUUGAUUUUUUUUUCUUUCCCUUUUCUUAUCAUGUAUGUUUAUCUUUUUUCUUUUAUAAUAUAUGAUAACCGCGUAUUAGCAGUCUUUAGCUGAGCGCAGCUAACUACAUAACUUGAGUAAAUUAUUCUAGAAGUCGAAUAACUUCACGAUAAGGUGUUAAGUUAAUGGAAAAAAAAGGAUCUUUCUAUCGUGCUUGAUCAUGCUGCUCUCCACUCUAACUCAGGACGAGUCUUGGUUAGCAAUAUUACUUUUAUAAAAUAAUUCGUGUAUAUUUUAGGCAUGUUAAAUUUAUAAUGAUAUUGAUUACUAAAUAAAUGAAUCAAUUGACUACUCUUUGCUAGUAUAAUUGAUAAGUAUGGAUAUUUCUGUAAGGAGCAGACAACCAAUAAAAUUUCAACGGAA